ACCAUUCAUUCUUAUUGAAAUUUUCUGUUAGUCCCCUCAUUCUUUCUAUCAUCUUUGUCUCUCUAAAAACCAAACAAUGACAAGCAAGAGAAAAGGGAAUUGGACAGUGGAGGAAGAUAAGAACUUGUGCAGUUCUUGGGUGAUGAUAUCAGAAGAUGGAGCUGUGGGUGCCAAUCAAAGGGAUACAAGGUUAUGGGAUAGAGUGGCGACGCAAUUUCGAUCGAACGAUCGAAACACAUCUCGUACUAUCAAAAGCAUGGCUAAUCGAAUGGGCACAAUCACUAAAUACUGCAAGUGUUGGAAUUCAGCUAUCCAAAGGGCAGAGAGGAAUCAACCAAGUGGCACGAAUCAAAUGGAUGUGGUAUGAAUUCUCCGUCACCAUCAUUGUUAUUUUUUACCUCGUUCAUUAGUACGUGUGUUCUAUUUUCUAACUCUUUUUGCAUCUCAUUCAUUUAUACGUAUAGGAGCAUAUGGCAGAACAACUCUAUUUAAGCGAAACCGGAGAAAAGGGGUGGAAUUUUGGUCAUUGUUGGUGGAUCUUGAAAAGAUGCCAAAAAUUUCAUACCGUGAUAAUAAUGCCAUCUCCAAAUCAAAGCCGCAUGAGUCAAGGUUCUGAUGGUUCUCUCAUGGGUCUUGGUUAUCAAUCAACACCACAGACAGACAUCAAUAACACACACUACAAAAAACAGAACUUUUUGCGACGAAAAUUUCAGUGAGGGAGUAAAUUCGUCGCUGAAAGUACUCUUCUGCGACGAGUUUUAUUGAUACCGUCGCAAAAAGCGCAACUGCCAGCGCAAAAUUUUUUGGGAGUUUUAACAUGAUUCGGCGACGGAUAUUGGCGUCGCUGAAGCCCGGGAUUUUAUUGCGACGACAACUCUGUCGCAAAAGGAUCAAGUAAAAAUAAAAAGAAAAUCUAUAAUUCCAUUUUUCUCUACCGAUCUAAACGACGUCAUUUGCAUCUCCCAUGUAAAAUUACAAACUAAAUUCACGAAAAAACUAAAAGAAAAAUAAUAUUAGUCUGAUAUUUAUUCUUUAGACUUAUCCAUGGGAGCUUAAACGUUUCCCACCUCUCCUUCUCCCCCAAACCCACAACCCUAGCUAAAAAUCUCACGACCCAAUCUUGCUAAAGAGCGGAUCGGAAAACUCUAGCCACCAGCAUCGCCUCCCGCAAGUUGACCGGCGGCUCCUCCUUCGCUACCUCUUUGUCGCAUCUGGCGACUCCUUCUGCUACUCCUCAUGCUCCUGUUCCUGCUCCGUCGACAACGAACUGGCCAAUAAGUCCAAAUCACUCACGUAUAGGCGGCGGAUGACGAGAAUGAGCAAGACAACCAUGGAUCUAGGUUCCCAGGGGAUUCUGUUCUCGAUGAUCGAUUCCCCCAAAAUGGCGAAAGUAGUCUCGUCCAACCGCUUCUCGCUGGCAGGGAUACGGGAAUCGGUCCAAACUGCGAUUCAGAGCGAGGAAGGGGUGAAGAAAGCCAAUGAGAUUGGAGCACUUACGACAGAGACGCGCAAAGUGCUCGACAACCAUUCCUUUGUAUUUUGAUUUCAUUUUGCAAUUGGUUGCUAACCCUUUGUUUUGCAGAUCUUUUGGUUGUUGAUUUCCCCUUUGUCUGCCACAUCCCUUGACUAAUUGUUUACUUCGGUUAUUUCUUGUUUUGUUUUUUGCUUCCAUGCUUUAAUUGAAAGGAAGAAGGUUCUGCAAUUGGUUGCUCUAACCCUCACCCUGUUUAGUUUUUGUUCUGGUGAUCCAUAUUUGGCUCUUACCAUUUUCUUUGUGUCUCUCAAUAGGGCUACAUUAUGACUAAACAGUCCCUUAUGACUACAACUUUCAAAAUACUGUAAGCUCUUAUCCUCUAUCGUAUUUGUUGCUAAUCAAUUAUACUAUUACUAUGAAACUAAUGGCCUUGUUUACCUUGGUCUUAUGUAAAUUGUAAAAUCUACCGCUGUUUGAAAUUACGGAAGAGCAAUCCUGCAAAAUAGCUUGUCGGGCAACACUCUUUUGAUUUCAGCAUCCUUAUCUUGGGUUAAUUGCCAGUAUAUGAUAACUUUUAUGGAGGAAAAUGAACAUUAUAUAACCAUGCUAACAGUUUAGAGAUGGGUGUGCAUGAUACUAGAUAAUCUUCCUAUUGUUGUCCCAAGACAGAGGAGGCAUGGUGGUCAGUCAACUACUUAGGAGCAUAGUUUCCGAAUUUGGUUCAAAGGAAAAUGGUCAUGUCCACACUUUCCUUCCUUACUGCUGCCUCUACACCCUGCCCACUCCCUCGCCACAUCUAGACGUGGAGCUGCAAGCAGAGUAGCACUACUCGAGGUGGACGAGGUGAGGGUGUUGUGGCACGUGGUGCUCAUGAGAGGCGGUUGGACGGAGGCAUUCACGUUUAUGGAUGGGGUUGUGUAGGUGAGGCAAGAGGCGGCGAGGGCAGUAGCAGGGUUAUUCUCGCAGGAGCUUCCCCCACCGGGGCGCUGUCCCUUUGGUGGUGGGACGAGCGGGCUGGCCACGGAUUUGAAGAUGGAGUUUGCGGAUUGUAGGAGAGGAGUGGACAGCUGCUGAAGCAAAUAUACAGCAGCACACUAAAGCUAGUAAGCUCUUGUUUGUUAACAAAAAUGUCAUUACAUAUGAAUGCAACUAUUGCUAGCUUCUUUUCAUUAAUUAAGUGGAAUAUGAAGACGAGAAGGCUACACAGAACAAGAAGCUUAUAAGCUCCCAUGGAAAUGAAGUAGAUUUAGAUUGGAUUUUGAGAAAACAAAAUGAUGGUAGAUAGUAUAUAUUUUUGUAGAUGAGUGGAAAAGUUAAAUUAACAUCUAUCCAGUAUCCAAGUGCCUUUUAAUGUCUGAAAUGCGUAUGCUGCAUACUGUGAAAAAGAUAAAUCCAAAGGAUAUGAUGGGUGAUACAAUUACAAAUGAAACAUAGGUUGCUUGUGCCAUCAACACUUCUGCCUUUGAUUUAUUUACUUACGAGAUAAUCACAUGUUCUGUCUAUAGAACUGUAAUGCUUUGCUGGACGUUUAUUUUGAGCUUCUGUAUUUAAAUCAUUUCAUCUUUUCUCUCUUCUUUUCCUUGCUGCAUUUUACUUGGUUCUUGAUUUUUAUGUGUUAGCUUGGACAUUCCCAUUUAACCUCUUCUUUCUAAUCUUGAGAACCUCUUGUUUCAAAUCAUAGCAGGAGGUGAUGUGAACCAGCAAUGACCACCGUUCGGAUACUUUGGCAUGGAUUAGCAGCGACCAACAGCUGGGAUAUUUUGGCAUGGAUCGUGGUGUUGAUUGUGGUUAGUUUGAGAAUAAAAAAUGAAUGUUAUCUUACAAUAUUAGAGUAAAUUCUAGCUUUUUAGACACAGAAUUCCUUGGGCAUGAACAAUGAAUGUUCUUGUUUUCGUUUUCCUAGGUGUAUAUACUACUUUCAAAAAUUGUAAAUGUUAUAGUUGGAAACAUGUUCGGUUAGUGACCUAUUAUGUAUGGUUUUAUGUACAAGGAUGUUCCUAUUAAUAACGUUGUUAAAUUAUUACUCUUCUUAUAAGAAAGCGUCAGUUGUGUU